AUGGAUUAUUUCCCCAUGAUUUUCUCUCUGCUGCUGGUGGUUUUCCAAGGAGCUUCAGAAACAGCUGUCUUGGGAGCUGAGCUCAUGGCCGGGGCUGAAAGUGGAGGGGACAAGUCCCCUCCCAACACAACCUUGAGGCCCCACCGAUUCAAGCGCUGCUCCUGUUCUUCCCUGAUGGAUAAGGAGUGUGUCUACUUCUGCCACCUGGACAUCAUCUGGGUCAACACUCCCGAGCGCAUUGUUCCCUAUGGGCUCGGAAGCCCUUCCAGGUCCAGACGAUCCUUGAAGGACUUGUUUCCCAUAAAGGCAGCAGAGCAUGGGGGCAGAUGCAAGUGUGCCAGCCAAAAAGACAAGAAGUGCCAGACCUUCUGCCAAGCAGGGAAGGAUCUCAGGGCCCAAGACACGAUGGAGAAGGCCUGGAAUAACCGUAAGAGAGGAAAAGACUGUUCCAGAUUUGACAAGAAGUGCAUCUAUCAGCAGCUGGUGGCGGGAAUAAAAAUCAGAAGGUUGGACGCCAUCAGAAACAGUAUCAAAACAUCUUUUCGUGUUGCAAAGCAAAAAGCCCAAUCUUCCAGAGAGAAGAAUGUGACCCACAACAGAACACAUUGA